AUGUUGAAGAACAAGUCAUGGGAGCGUAUUCUCGUCUGCUGUGAUUCCUUCAAGGGAACACUCAGCGCGUGUGAUGCGGGUCGUGUGAUUGAAGGGGCCUUCCGACGUGCGGAGGGCAAAACCACAACCCCUGUGGAGGUGAUGCACUGUCCCAUGUCUGACGGCGGUGAUGGGCUGCUGGACAGCAUGCUGUUUCCAUCGCACUCUGGGCAAUCAUCGCCUUAUCACUUCAAGCGUGUGGACGUGCCGAUUGUGUCGGGAGAAUCCGGAGAGGGAAAGUCGUCGGUGCCGGUUUUUCUUGGCCCACUCGGUGAGCCUCUGAACACGCCAAAGAGCAAGAGUGCCCAUCGGCCCUACUUUGCCGCGGAUGUGGAAAAGCGUGUGGUGGUAAUUGAAAUGGCCCUUGCUUCUGGACUGCCUAUGCUCACGGAUGCAGAACGGAAUCCCCUGCGCACCACGAGCUACGGUGUUGGUCAGCUGAUCAAGUACGCUAUUGAGUACGUGGCUAAUGAGAACCGCCGCAAGUAUGGUGCGUCUGCUGACGGAGGUGUGACUGUGUUCCUUGGCAUUGGUGGAAGUGCCACGAAUGAUGGUGGUAUUGGCGCGCUGCAGGCACUUGGUAUGGAGCUUUUUGUGAAGCCUGCAAACGGCAGCACAAAGUGCGGGAAGUGCUGUGCCAAUGCUGGUAUGGGCAAUGGACAGCUGCUCACAACGCCAUUCACUGGUGGAGAUCUGCCACGCCUCACAGGGGCACGACUAUCGCCAGCGUGCCGCCAAAUGUUCUUCCGUAGCCCGAGUGAGGGCCCCACGGCGGCGGCGUACUGCAAGGAGGUUCGUCUGAUCUGUGAUGUGGCGAGUCCACUGAUUGGGCCCGACGGUGCGACGUCCGUGUUUGGCCCGCAGAAGUGCAACCCUGCGUGGGACAAGGCCCACCGCGCUAGUGUGCUCGCGCAGCUGGAGGGUGGGAUGAAGAACGCCGCCGCUUGUUUUGUGCGGAGUGGACUGCACGACUGCUUGACGCGUGCGAAUGGCGUGGAGUCGGCGUGUGUGAGUCCACAGGAGCGCGAGAAGACUCUUGCGGCUCUGUGCCACACCGCCGGCGGAGGCGGGGCUGGUGGGAUGAGUGGUUUCUUCCGUUAUGUGCUGCGGGCGACGUGGAUGGCCGGCACUGAUGUUGUUGCGGAGCUGCUUGGACUGCCGGAGAAACUCCGCCACUGCGACUGCAUGAUCACGGGCGAGGGCUCCUUCGACACACAGACCAUCCGCUUCAACAAGACACUCGGCCGGCUGCUGCAGCUCGCCGUGAUGGAGAACAUGCGCCGCCGCCGUGAGGCUGCCGCCGCGGGUGGCAACGGGACGAAAGUGAAGAUGCUGCGGGAUGUGGUGGUGGUGUGCGGCCGAAUGUCGUACUCGGGCGGUGAGGAGGUGCGGCGGUUGCUGCUCACGCACAUGCAGACAACGGGUGGUCCGGCUGAGCGGGAGGUGUGCGCUGAGGCCAUUCCCCGUGUGCAUCUCCUCUCCCUCACACCACGACACUUCCCGGUGAAGGAGGCUUUGGGAAAUGCUGGUGUGUGUGUGGGGAAGUUGAUGCUGCAGUUCCUUGUGGACCCAGACUUUGAAAAGAAGGAGAAGAGUGGUGCUGCUUCCGCGGUGGAGAGAAAGAUGCGCGCCAAGAUGUAG